AUGACAAAAACACUACUGGGCAAAACACGACUCUUUGAAUGCAACAAAUGCAAGGCUGCAUUUAGCAGAGAAGAACACUUGACACGACACGUUUUGUCAACACACGACAGACUCAAACCAUUCCAAUGUGGCUUGUGCAGUCGUUCCUUCUCACGCAGGGACUUGCUCUUGCGCCACGCACGCAACUUGCACAAUGGUGACUCCUUGGCAAUCCAACGAAUUAGAAGAUCCUCGAGCAAGAGUCAUCAAAGACAAGGCAGAGACAGCGAAGAAGUAGACGAAUCUAGAAUAGGUGUGAAUAUGACCAUGGGUAUGACCAUGGGUAUGGGGUUUCACCAAAAACAAAGACUGAAGAGUGUACAGGAACAACUGGAAAAACUGAAAGUUUUUCUAGAGAGUGGCAACAGUGACUUCUCAACUGCAGUGGCAUCAACUGACGAAGAUGAAGAAGAAGAUGAUGAUGAUGAUGACGUAGAAGAAGAAGAAGAACAACAACAGCAACAAGAAGCAGACGUUGUGCACAAGAGAUCGCAGUUGAAACGUGGCCGCACAGGACCAAUGAUUCCUGAAGAUUCAAUAGCAAACAAACGAUUGAAAAUGCUGGUCAAUAUGCUCGUUAGCUAA